AUGAGACGCAUGGACAAAUGCCCAAGCGCUCAAGUUUUAACAACGCAUGAGGAUUACAUUGCAACUCUGAAAGGCAUACUCGCCAGAAUGAACGAGUUGAAGCACAGCAGAGAUCAAGGCAUGAAUGGAUUUUUCAGAAAGAUCACGGAUUCCAAGAUGAACACAGGAAAUAUUGCAGAAUACAAACAGGAAAUCUUACAAGCUACGCGCGUAUUCGAGGAUAUGACCAAGCUCUAUCAAAUUCAGCUGCAAGCAGAAGUAUGGAAAGUAGCCCGACUGGGGCCCGAAAAGCCUCGUCCAAUGGGGACUCAGCACAAGACGUGUCUACCAGGCACACGCGUAUCGAUUCUGCAGGAAGUUCGACAUUGGCGCCUGGACCCCAACGCGGACAAGCGCAUUUUUUGGCUCUGCGACGUUGGCGGAUCGGGCAAGUCCACAGUCACGUUGACGAUGUGCGAGGAGUGGGAUAAUGCCGAAGGUGUUCUGGUUGGUCGAUUCUUCUUUUCGAAGAAUGCUCGACAGACAUCAGAGACGGAUGAUUUCUGCUCCGUCAUUGCGGAAGAUAUCGGUGCUCGAAACAAGGCAAUCCUAAAGCAAAUAAAGGUGAUCAAAGAAGAAGAUCCUCACCUUCUCAUACGAGGACUGCGCCAUCAGUUCACUAAACUCGUAGAAGAACCCUUGCAACUUGCAACGACGAAUAUUGUCCUUGUGAUUGACGCAAUGGAUGAGUGCAACAAGGAGAUGAGGGGAGAGUUGAUUAACCUACUUGUUGAGAAGCUUCCAUUGAUGCCUAAACUCAAACUCUUUAUAACGAGCCGGCCAGAGCCAGACAUCACCGCGAUACUCCAGGGUAGAGCAAUUGUACGUGGAAUGCAUUUCAAGAUGCAUGGCAAAGAGCAGCAGUCCAACUUGGAUGAUAUUAGGGCCUACGUCGACGUACAUCUCGUUGACCUGCUUACUGAGCCUCAGCGCUGGCAGAUUGUAAAACGCUCGAAUGGACUUUUCAUCUGGAUCACGACAGCACAUCUUGAGCUACGACAGGCUCAAGGUCCGGCCGCAGUUGGCGCGACUCUCAAAUCACUCUUGACGCGAGGCGAGGGCGGCGAUAUUAACCAGGUCUAUACAAGCAUCCUUCGUCGACUACGACGAGAGCCGUCCAGCGGCACCAUACAAGAUUAUGGGCACUAUCCUAACCUUGUUCGAGCGGUGUCGACAGAGGUCUGGAGAAUAACUGGGAUUGCAGACUCUGAGCUAGAGCCGAUCUUAGGGUCGAUGCAAAGUGUAUUUCGGGUGAAGACUGUGGUAGAGUUUCUACAUCCGACGUUUCGAGAAUACCUUCUUAGUCCAUACAACGUGGAUAUGCCAUUCGAGUCGACAGCAAUGCAAUCAGACUUGUAUCUCUGUCCUCACAGUGCUUCAGAAGGAUCUGAAGGAGGACAUUUGCGGCAUUUCCGUGCCGAAUGA